CGUGCACCUCUCCCUCCGCCCUCGGCUGCGCUCGGCUCCCGCAGGCGCUCGGCCCUGCGCCCUCGGUCCCCUCCCCGUCCGCCCGACAGGCCCUCUGAAACAGUCCUCCGGACCACUGGGGUCAGCCUCCUCCUUGGACACUGAAUCUCCAAGAGGCUCUGCUUUGGCUGAGACACCUACAAGAUCAGGGAGAGCCAAUGGCAGCGUGCACCGUCCUCAGGGUCCCCAUGCUGUUCCUGAUCCUCCUGCUUUUUCCAGAGCUCCACACGGCAGGCACCCUUGCAUCUGGAUCCUCUGCCCGGAACCUGCCGGAAACCCACUCCCACCUUCCCGGCUCUGCACUGAGGGUGCCUCAGGCAAGCCAUCAUGGCCGUAGGGGCCUGGGAAAGAGGGACAAGGGCCCAGGCAGGCCUAGCCGGGCCCAGGAGGGAGCUGUGGUCACCGACACCAGACAGGCUUCCCAGAUGACACUUGGACAGCCCCCUGCUGGCCUUCUGAAGAACAAGGAGCUGCUUCUGGGGCUGUCAUUGCCGAACCCCGAGAAGGAGACCCGGUCUCCCGGUUGGGAGAGGGUGAAGAAACGUGGCAGAGAACACAAGAGGCGCAGGGACCGUCUGCGACUGCACCGAGGCCGAGCUGCUAUCCGUGGCCCCAGCUCUCUAAUGAAGAAGAUGGAACCCUCUGAAGACCGGAUGCUGGAGGGUACCAUGGAGGAGUCUUCCACUAGCCUGGCCCCUACCAUGUUCUUCCUAACCACCGCAGACGGUGCCACGCCUACUACAGAAGAGUCCGGGAUCCUGCCUGUCACCUCUCUGCGGCCCCAGACACAGCCCAGGUCUGAUGGGGAGGUGAUGCCCACACUGGACAUGGCCUUGUUUGACUGGACGGAUUAUGAAGACUUAAAGCCAGAGGUCUGGCCUUCUGCAAAGAAGAAAGAGAAACACUGGAGUCACUUUACCAGUGAUGGUAACGAGACAUCGCCAGCUGAGGGGGAACCAUGUGACCAUCACCAGGAUUGCUUGCCAGGAACUUGCUGUGACCCCCGGGAACAUCUCUGCACACCCCACAACCGCGGCCUCAACAACAAAUGUUUCGAUGACUGCAUGUGCAUGGAAGGGCUGCGUUGCUAUGCCAAAUUCCACCGGAACCGCAGGGUCACUCGGAGGAAGGGGCGCUGCGUGGAACCUGAGACAGCCAACGAGGACCAGGGAUCUUUCAUCAACAUCUAGCGCCCUAGUGACGCCUCCCCACCGGCCCGGGGUCUGAGCCAGGAAGGUUUAGGACAAACAGGACCGUGUUAGUAACUAGCUCAGCUUGGGGGCUGAGUGGGGAACCAAUAGCUGAGGCUGCAGGUCAGGCCCAGUACACUCACCGCCAAGCUGGAGGGCUGCUUGGCUGAAAGCAGUGCGCCUGCGCCUGCCCGCAGCCCGCAGCCCGCAGCCCGCCCGCAGCCCGCAGCCCGCAACCAGGGGCAGGACCAGGGCGGGACCCCGGGGGAUCCCAUCCAGCUUACUGAUCCUGUUCGACGCGGUGGCUGUGUGGAGCGCACCCUCUUCUGCUCGACACCAGCAUUGCAGCAGGGUUCACUGGAAAGGAUUGGAAACAGAGGGGACACCUGACAGGGGUGGAUCUGGAAUGCUGUGUCCCAGGCAGACGCCAAGCACCACGUGUAUUUUACUGAAUUCCCACAGAGACCGUGGUAAGGGACCACUGAUGUGCACUUGAGGUGCGUGAUCCCUCAUGCAGGGUCUCACGUCAUCCAUGAUCCUCCAGUUUUGGCAGCAGAUACAGCUUGACUUGACUGCCCUCAGCCUUUCCCCAAGAGAGACGUCUUUUUGAUGGACCGAGUCUCACUCUUUGGCUGAGCUGGCAACUCAGACAAUCCUCCUUCCUCAGUCUUCCAAAUGCUGGAAUUAUAGGCAUGGGUCAGCAU